UGUUUAUACAAAUUUUGUGUGAGCAACAACAAAGUCAUGAAAACAAAUUACGUGGUAAUUAUACAGUAAUUACAUAUUUGCUACAUGGUGGGUGUGUGUGACUUGAACAGCUGUGACUUAACAAAUUUCGCUUGCAAAAAUGAGUCUGCUGAAACGACUUUUACACACUUCCCUUCGUUGCAGCAGCGCCAUGAAGAGCACGCAUCCAUCGGCGGAUCGCAAUUCGCAGCCGAUUGCCGAUGCGCUUGUGGCGCAGGUGGACAGAGCCACACCGAAUUUACAGUUACUUGAAAUCGCCUCUGGAUCUGGGCAGCACGCCGGCUUUUUGGCGCCUUUUCUGCCCAACAUUAGCAUUCAGCCCACGGAAAACGCUCGCGAAAUGUUCUCCUCCAUUGCGGCAUACGCCGCCGAUUGUGUGACGGGUAAUAUACGGGCGCCUCUGCACGUGGACAUCACACAGGAGCCCGGGCACUGGGAGACGGCGCCGCAGCACGCAAGUUACGAUUACAUUUUCAAUUCGAAUAUGAUGCACAUCAGCCCCUGGGCCUGCAGCGUGGGACUCUUCCGGGCAGCCGGCGUGCUCCUAAAGAAGGGUGGAAAAAUGUUCACCUACGGGCCGUACGCCCAGGACGGCGUCCUGCAGCCACAGAGCAAUGUGGACUUUGACCGCAGCCUCAGGCAGCGGAACGCCUCGUGGGGCGUGCGGGACAUCAAGGAUCUGAAAGAUCUGGCCGCGCAGAAUGGCCUGCGGUUGGAGAAACUAGUGGAGAUGCCCUCCAACAAUAAAUUUGUGACCUGGCUCAAGUUGUAGCCGAGUAACCCCUUAAGAUAACAACGUUUGUGGCUGCAAUAAAUGCUUUUAUUGCAUGGA